CACCGAGACUUUGCGCAUUACACGUUCAAGUCAGACUGCGUGGACUGACUGGUAUAAAGAUGAGUAUCACCUCCCCCAAUUCCAAACUGAUCCAGACCAGCACAGCCUGAGUUUACAAUCAACAACCUCUUCAGUUCCAGCAUUAUCCCACUCAUCUCACCUUCUCUCAUCUCAUCUCAUCUCACUCAUCCCAUCUCAUCCCAUCUCACUCACCCCACUCGUCUCAUCAACCCCCCCCUAAAGACCACUAAAAAAGCCACCCACCAUGCAUAUCACCAUCGUCCCCGCCGGUCCCAAGACCGCCCGCGCCACGAUCCAAAACCUCCUAGACGACCCGUCGGGCCCAACCGUGCGAGCCGUAUACCGGGACCCAUCCAAGGCGCCGGCCUCGUUCCUGGCCCACCCCCGCUUCUCCGCCUCCAAGGGCGACGUCGCCUCGUCCGAAUCGCUCGACUUCUCCAGCUCCGACGCCGUGCUCGUCAUCACGCCGCCGCGCUUCGACGGCUACGACGUCGGCGCGCACGCCCGCGAGGUGUCGGAGAACACGAGGCGGGCCGUCGAGAGGGCCGGGUCGGUGAAGAGGGUUGUCUUGCUGUCGAGUAUGGGGGCGCAGUAUGCUGAGGAUGUAGGCGAGAUCAAGACAAACCACCAAGCCGAGCAAGUCUUCAGGGGCGCAGCUCGGGAGGUGGUCUUUGUCCGGCCGUGCUACUUUAUGGAGAACUGGGCUUCGGUCGUGGGGACUGCGUCGAGCGAGGCAGCCUUCUUCUUCUCGACCGUCACGCCGCUUGACUUCCAGAUGCCAAUGGUUUCGGUAGAAGACAUCGGCUGCACCCUCGCCGGAGAGCUCCUCUCGACGGGCCAGGAACUUCCGGCUAGCCCGUACGUGUUCGAGUUGCAUGGUCCGGGCCUGUACUCCACCCUCGACGUGCAGAAGGCGUUUGAGGAGGUCCUCGGCAAGAAGCUCACGGUCAAGGCAGUCGAGAAGGCUGAUCUUGACGGAUUUUUCGGGCAUGUGUUUCCCCCGGCAACGGCGAAGGAGUUUGCGGAGAUGAACCGCAGUUUCUUGCCUGGUGGGAUUAUUGACAGGGACCCUAACCCGACUGGAGUCAUUAAGAAGGGCAAGAUUGAGCUGGUUGACGCGUUCAAGCAACUGGUGGCCAAGUAGGUUCGCUCAGUUGAGAAAUCUGGUUCGGGAGGGAUGUUUGAUAUUAGUGAAGAAUUCUAGCAGUUGUUUGACGAGGUAUUAAUUAACGAAUGUGA